UCUUUAGGGGGAUCCCGGCCGGGAGGGGAGACUGCGGGGCCGCCUGUGGAGCGAUGCCUGGCCCCUGGGCUCUGGGCGCGGUGGCAGCCGCGCUGGUGGCCUCGAUGCUCCUGCUGCAGCGUGGGGACGAGGGGUCCGGGGCUGGCCCCAGCAUGGCGGACAAGGAGGCCCUGCCUAAGCUUCGGGAGGACUUCAAGAUGCAGAAUAAAUCCGUUUUUAUUUUGGGUGCCAGCGGGGAAACGGGCAAAGUACUUUUAAAAGAAAUCCUGGGACAGAACCUGUUUUCCAAAGUCACGCUCAUUGGCCGGAGGAAGCUCACAUUCGAGGAGGAAGCUUAUAAAAAUGUGCCCAGGGCCUCACAUGGACCUUGCAAACACUUGGCCACUGAGUUCUACAUGCAGCUCCAGAAUCAAGAAGUGGUGGACUUUGAGAAGCUGGAUGAGUACGCAGCUGCCUUUCAAGGCCACGAUGUUGGCUUCUGUUGCCUGGGCACCACCAGGGGAAAAGCCGGAGCGGAAGGAUUCGUCCGUGUUGACCGAGAUUAUGUGCUGAAGUCUGCAGAGCUGGCAAGAGCAGGCGGGUGCAAGCAUUUCAACCUCCUGUCCUCCAAGGGGGCGGACAAGUCCAGCAGUUUCUUAUACCUACGAGUAAAGGGAGAAGUGGAAGCCAAGGUCGAAGAAUUAAAGUUUGAUCGCUACUCAGUCUUCCGGCCGGGAGUCCUGCUGUGUGACAGGCAAGAGUCUCGUCCAGGCGAAUGGAUGAUUAGGAAGUUCUUCGGCUCUCUGCCGGAAUCCUGGGCCAGUGGGCACUCUGUGCCUGUUGUGACCGUGGUUAGGGCGAUGCUGAACAACCUGGUGAGUCCCAGCAGUGGACCAAUGGAACUUCUGGAAAACAAGGCCAUCCUCCACCUGGGGAAAGACAGGGAUGUGCCCAAGCUGUGACCGUACAGGAGGACGGCUUGUUCUCAAACUUCAGUGCCUGUCACCGACUCAGUCAUGGUGGGGUCUAUCAAACGUCUCUCUGUAGUCCUUUGUGGUGUCCCUGCAGCUCCAUUAGGAAACCCCAGUGCUCUGCUCCAGCUGUUGAUGUUGUACCCAUUGUCCAUGUAAGUCACCCAGGGAGCUAUGGGAGGACAGGUGUGUAUCAUAGACCUUUUGGAGUCUGUGGGUUGAGGACAGGGAUCUGUGGUUUUGACUUCCAUGUCCUCUGGCUGGGAGACCAGUUUUAAAGCUCUCCGAGAGAGAUGCCGGAGCACUGAGCAGCGGGGCCCUAGCCCUCCAGGCAGGCGAGUGCUGGCAAAGCCUGUUGACAGUCUAGUCUCGGAGCUGCUUGGUGCUGCUAGGCUGCACGGAGCUGAGUGAACCCUGCGCCUUCACUAUGUGUCAGCACGGGAGAUAUAAAACAAGCUUCUGUGAUUCAUUGAGGAAUAAAAAUAAAUGGCCAAACCCUGA